AUGGACGCACUCCUUUCUGACAAUCAAAGUCUUGAUGAAAACGAAAAUAGAAUUGAGCCUCUUAAUAUUUAUUACCCAGGAGGCCAAAAGAUUUACUCAUACAACGUAGACUUAAGGAUAAAAACAGAAAAGCGUGUAUUAGAGCCAAACCUCUUAAUUUCCUGCGUAUCACCCAUAGAUAGCCAUAUCUUAUUUUGCAUAGGAUAUAUAAAGUCAAUGAUAAAAGUUUGAGGAAUCUCUUUUGUUUUUGAUUAUUCUGAAGGAAAAACUUCUUUAAUGUCGCAUAAUGCUCCAGUAUACAUUACUAAUUGCACAUUCUUCAACAAAGAAAUAUUCACAUUUGGAGGCUUCGAAGUGGUUUCUCCAAAAUAUGCGACGAAAUACGAUUUUAAAACAAAUGAAUGAAGAAGCUUAGCAAAUCUUCCAAAACUCUCAGAUUUUUGCAAUUCUAUUGAGUUCAAAGGGAAAAUAUUAGUUGCUGGAAGAUCACACCGAUGAUUAUGUGUCUAUGAUCCAGCGAUUGACAGCUAUUCUCUAGUGUAUGGCUUUCACAGAACUCACAAAAUACUCAUGAAAGUAGAUAAUAGGGUUUAUGUGCUUGAAACAGAAGGUGGUUUAUUUGAAAGCAGUUUAGGAGAUAUUUAUAAUUGGCAGAAUGUGUCGAAAGACUGCUGUAUUGGAUGCAACUCUUUUUCAUAUUGCUUAAAGCUUAAAAGCGGUAUUUAUUUUAUUGUAAAUGAGCAGGAAUUAUGGGAGUUUGAUUUUUAACCCUCCCAUCCAUAAAGCAAACAAAACCAUGGAAAAUACCUAUUUUUUGAGUAAAGACACGCUCUUUGGGAAAACAAACAAAUUUUUUAUUAAGAUCUUUGAAAAUUUUUAAGAAAUAAUUUUUUUUAAAAAAAAUUUAUUUAUAAACUUCUUAAAAUUUUUUUUUCUCUUUACUAGAACAAAAUUUUUUGUUCACUCACAUAUAAGAGAAUAAGAAAAAAGUAACAAAAUCAAUUGCCCUGGUGUCUUAA